AUGGACGAUAAUAAUAUUUUGGUUAAUUUUUCGUUUGACGAUUCAUCAAUUGGUAGAGAAAGUAGUAUCACAUCGAGAUUAAAACAAGUUGGAGGAGGUUGGAAGGAGCGAAAAAAACUUCGGAAAAUCAUUAAAAGAGAUUUAGAACAAAAUAUCCCAGGAACAAUUAAACCCGAAUUUAAUACUACUAUCAGCCAAAAAAAUAGAUCAGAAAAUACAAUUUCAAAAAAAGAAAUCAAAAAUGGUCAUAAUAAUCCCAGUAAUGCACCUGUUAAUGAUUUUUCAAGUUUUAUUGGAAUGGGCUUGAACCCAGAUUUGGUAUUAAAUAUGAAAAAUAAAUUAGGUGUUGAAAAGCCAACAACCAUUCAAAGUAAAGCUAUUCCAAUAAUACUAUCUUCCGUCAUUAAUAAAAACAAUCAAGAUAAUAAACAAAAUAAACAAGUAGAUGUAAUAAUACAAGCUGAAACUGGAUCUGGUAAAACUCUAACAUAUUUACUUCCGAUAAUUCAUCGAAUGAUUAAUGCUACAAUCGAGAUAAACAAUAAUAACUCAAAUAAAAAUAUUGAUGGUAAUAUGAGACUAUCACGUUUCCUCGGAACAUUUGCUAUUAUUUUGGCACCAACGCGUGAAUUGGCAAAUCAAAUUUUAUCUGUUCUAAAUUCUUUAACCAGUCUACCUAAUUCAAAAUUUAGCAAUUGUCACAUCAAUCAUUGGAUAGUUCCAGGUUUAAUAAUAGGUGGCGAAAAGAAAAAAGCCGAAAAGGCAAGACUUCGUAAAGGUGUAAACAUUUUGGUUUGUACGCCUGGUAGAUUAUUAGAUCAUUUACAAAACACAAGAUCUUUCGUGGUUGAAGGUUUACGUUGGUUGAUACUUGAUGAGGCCGAUCGUCUUUUGGAAUUAGGUUUUGAGGAAACGCUUAAAGAAAUUUUAAAACUUUUAGAAGAAAGAAUUAAUAAUAAUGACUCCAAUAAUACAGGAAAAUCAAACUCACGCGAUAAUUUACUAUCUUCAUCAUUUUUGCCUCAAAAAAGACAAACAAUUUUAUGUUCUGCAACACUUAGGGAUGAUGUACGUCGCCUAGCGGACCAUAGUUUGGUUGAUCCAAUUUUUAUUGGUGGUGAUUCCAAGGAAAACUCCAAUGAAGAAUCAUCAAUAAAAUACUCGAAUCCAAUUCAACUUAAACAUAAAUAUGCAAUAACACCAGCAAAACUACGAUUGGUUACUUUGACAGCAAUUUUAAAAUCUAUUUUUGAAAAUGAAAAGGAUGCAAAAUUCAAGAAGAAUAGUAAGGUGGUAGUGUUUAUGACUUGUUGUGACUCUGUUGAUUUUCACUUUGAUUUAUUUAAUAAUUCUAAGGAAAUGGAUGAAAACUAUCAUGGUUAUGUUGAUGACGACGAUGAUGGUUCUAUUGGUAGUUCAAAUACAUUUAUUUUGAAUACGACACUUUUCCAAUUACACGGUAAUCUUUCACAAGAAAUUCGCAUCAAAACAUUUAAUAAAUUUUGUCAAGCAAAGUCGGGUAUAUUAUUUUGUACGGAUGUUGCAGCAAGAGGUCUUGAUCUUCCUGAUGUCACAAAUAUUAUACAAUAUGAUGCACCAACAGAUUUAAAGAGUUAUGUUCAUCGUGCGGGGAGAACUGCUAGACUUGGUAAAGAUGGCGAAGCAAUAAUAUUCCUAUUACCCAGCGAGAUUGAAUAUAUCGAUGUACUAAAAGCACAGGGAGUAAUAGCUGAGCAAAUUAAAAUAGAAAAUAUAUUAGAAACUCUUGCAUCAUUUGAUGAUAAAAAAAAAGAAUAUGAAUUUAAAGCACAAGAAAUUCAAUUACAAUUUGAAAGAUAUGUUCUUUCUAAUGAAAAAUCUAUAGAAUUGGCCCAACGAGCCUUUAUAUCGCAUGUGCGAGCGUAUGCCACGCAUCCAUCUUCUGAAAAACACAUAUUUCAUCCAAGAAAUUUGCAUCUUGGUCAUAUUGCCAAAAGUUUUGCGCUUAGAGAAGCUCCAUCAAAUAUUAAAUUGAAAAAUGUAUACCUUGAGCGGGAUAGGGAUAGGGAUAGGGGUAACAUUGUAGAAGAUAGACGCGAUACAAGAAAUAAUCAAAAGAAAAGAAGAUAUGAUAGUGAUGAUAAUAGUAGUAAAUUAAAGGGAAACAUCUUUUACAAUAUAAAAAAAAUCAAACUUGGAGCUAUAAAUGAAUUUUCAACUGGUGAUUAUGAAGACAUGAUAGGUCCUACAACUAGAAGAAAGAAAAAGAAUACUGUUGUUAAGAAAAACUAA